AUGGACUGCCUUCCUAUUCCCUUCGUCUGCUUCCAGUGCGGUACCGACCAGAACCCUUGCCACUGCAAGGUUGUCGGUCCUACCAUCGGUUUCGCCAGCGCUAUUGUCCUCGCAGUAUGA